AUGGAAUUAGGGAAAUUGCCCCAAGACGCGGUCAUCGCAAUAGGCACAAUGCCAGCCUUCCUCUCAUGCUACUUCAGGACUCUUGUCCCCGGUCUGGGAACGGUGCUUCUGCUUUUCAUUUCCAGAGUGGAUCCGUGGCCACACAGGGGUCAUGACGUCCAGCUCCAGAUAGAAGCUGUUAAGCAGAGCAUCCUAGUGAGGUUGGGCUUGGAGAUGCCGCCAAUCAUCCGGGGCCCCGUGGAUCAAGAAGAGAUCCAAAGGGCACAAUUGCACUACCAGGAAUUGCUAGCACAGCUCCAGGCAAAUCGAACGACGCUGCCACCAUCCACCACUCUUCACCUUUUGCAGCCUGAAUUUGUGCACACAAAUGAGUCCGCAUCUGGAAAUCUUCAGGCUGCCGCACAUGUGCAUCUGGAAUUCUCCAGGACAUCAGAACUUCAUCAUAACCUCAACGUUCUCCGGGCUGAAUUGACUCUCUUCAAAGAAUUGCUCAAUUCUCCUAGCAAUGCUCUAUCCAACGUAACAUGGCCAGUACGUGUGAAUCUCUACCAACUGUCCAAAAGGGAGAAAGUAACCCCCGAGCUGCUCAGUUCCCAAGAGAUUUCAAGGACUUCACCAAGCCUCAAUCUGAAGGGUGUGGUACAACAAUGGGUAGGAAGCUCGGAGCCCAAGCUGAAUCUGGGCCUGGAGUUUAGGUCAGACGAGGCUGCGUGGCUGGCUACUAGCAUGGCAGAAGAAGGGACAGGGAUGCCGUCCCUGACGAUAGAGGCCGAAACUCGAAAGGCAGUAAGGAAGGCCAGGCAGCUGGAUGAGGAAGAAUGCAGGAAGGGUGAUGGGAAGUGCUGCUUGAGGUCCCUUAAGGUCUCCUUCGAGGCCAUUGGGUGGUCGGACUGGGUGGUGGCCCCACGAAGCUACUCUAUGAAGUUCUGUGAGGGUUCCUGCCCGCACAACUACAAACCAGCCAGCAUGCAUGCCCAGAUCAAGGCCAGGUUGCAUAGCCUUUCCGGGGAGACGCCAGCACCGUGUUGUGUUCCCGCCGCCUAUGAGCCAAUGGUGCUUAUGCAUUAUGGCGAUGAUGGGAAUGUGGCCACCCAACUCUUUGAUGACAUGAUCGUUACACGGUGUCACUGUGCGUGAAGUUGGGGAGGGGGCCUCUGGGAGGAGAGGCAUCCCGUUUGCUUAAAUCAAGGAGUGCAAAAGUAAUGGACUUUUUUUUUUUUAAAUGAACUCAUAUCGAGUUGAGCCCUUUUUCGUGUGAAAGUGGACAUUUUCUUGGAAAAAUAAGUGUCUGAGGACCCAGAUUGUUGGGGCAAUACGCUGACUCUGUAAACAGCUUAGAGAGGGCUAUAAAGCACUGUGAAGCUGUAUAUAAGUCUAAGUGCUGUUGCUAUCCUCUCUACGAACGUCUUUCAUUCUUAUACAGCAAUUACUCAAGGCCCAAAUUAGCUGCUCCUUUAGCACCAUUUUUUUUUUUUUUUGGAAAACUGGGCCAUCUUCCUCCCAGCCAAUCAUCUCAGUCUAUCAGGGAUCAUUAUCACCCUGCAAGGCCAAUCAGAGAUCACAGGAUGAUAUUCCAGUGUCAUUUAUCAUCAUUAUAAAUAAGUGAAUGAUAGAAAUGGAAAUUGCAUCUUCAGGUUCUGAAUCUGGAGGAAAGAUCUGGAGGAUGUUUUUUAACAAAACAUGUGCAAAUACAGGGAGCUGCUGUGAAGAAGUACUGGGCCCAAGCUCAGAAUGAUGAUUUAAAAUUCCCCACUGGAUAUAUGUUUAUGCUCUUUUUUUCCCCUAGUUGCAUCUUUUUUUGUUCUGUAAUACAGAAUUCCUCCACUGAAUGCCCAAAAAAUGCUUCUUUCUGUUUCUUUUUUUUUAAUAUCACAAGUAGGUCAUGUAUUUUGUAGGAGGGGAACAGAUAAUUUCAGAUCUCCUCCUGAAUUUUUAAGGAACACGCACUUUACCAACCAAAAUAUUAAGUAAUAAUGUUCAUAAGGAAUAAAUCUGUGGGCUUUCUGAUGUGCUUUGUGGGAGAGAGGAAGCUGAUUGUCACUCUGUCCUCCAAGCAUCCCUGAGGAAACUCAACUUGUUCCAUUGUUCUGAUGUUUUUAUCCUGUUGUCUUAUUUAUUUUAACUUAUUCUCGUUUAUAUCAAUAUGAUUUUGUUGUUAGUUUAUAUUAUUUAUAAGAGAAGAUUUAAUUGGAGCGGGAAGAUAAUUAAGCAGAAAAUAAAAUUAGCAGAUCAGGAAAUA